CAUUCACCAAUGUGUGCAACUUCCGCUAGCUUGUAGCAACGACGGCCUGAAUUCGUCCUGGUGAAACGAAAUUCAUCUUUCUCCGCGUGAAACCGUCGACCGGGCAAACAUGUCGAGUCGCGAAGCCCUCAACAUGAAGCUCCCUCCGAUCCAGUCCACGGCCGGAGCCGUACCGGUCCGGAAUGAUAAAGGUGAGACCCCAGGCUCGCGGUGGGUGAAUGUUUGUUAGCUGGUCCGGGUCUCCACUUCGAUCCUCAAAGUGAUAAAAAAAUACAGACGUAAAGGAGAAAAUGUACCCUUAUACACUCACUAUAAUAAAAAAUACAUAUCACAUUUAAAAGAAAACAGUUUAUGUUCUCACUCAGUUCUUUUCGGAAUUGCAGAGCUGGUUCUGUUUUCUGAUCCGGUGAAAAACCAGGUUCUUACUCAGAACACUCAGUACCUGGACCUUUUAGAUCUGGUCUAAGUGACCCUGGAGGAGCUCUAGUUUCUGUGGCACACAGUAGGAAAUGUGUGAAACUUGUGAAAGUGCAAAAAUUAUGAUUUGAUUGUAUUUAUACAGAUUUAUCCCAUAUCAUAGUAUAGCACUGGGCUAUUUGGCAAAACAAAAUGAUCACGAUAUAUUAUGUCAUAUCGUCCGAUCUCGAUUAUUAUCACGAUUUUCUUUUUAAACUGCCAGUUUUAAAGCAUCUGUACUAUAAACUAAAGAAACUAGACAUUAGUUCAACAUUUUAUUAACAUACAAAGUAAAUAACAAAGCAAACUGAAUAAGAUACACUUAGAAAAAUGUAAAAAAAAACAAACAAAAAAAAAACCUUAAACUCAACAGUACAACAAAUGUAGUUAAAUACUUAAUAAUACAGUGAACUAGUUUACAGUUCUGAGUGUUUCUGCGGGUUAAAAGACCCAAAAUAAACAAAACGCUGCCUCAGAGAAAAUGAAGAUGCCGUAAAAUCUAAACAGUAGAUGAUUUAAAAGUAGAUGACACGAUUGCUGCUUUGGUCUGGUGGCUGCAGUCAAGGUGAAAGUCAAAAGCAUUGGUGCUGCUGUAGAUGCCAACAGACAACCAGCAAACACAAUGUUUGCAGGACUUCUACAACUAGGAUAAAGUGACAUAGUCCAGGACCCGAGGGAGGACAGUUUAGCGAUGGCGCUACAACACGCUACAGCAGGUCCGUUUGACAAGAAACACUUCUGUUACAGACACUUGUCUUACUUUGUUAAAGCGGUUUACCUGUCCAGCAGAAAGGUUACAGGGUCACCAAGAUCCUCAAGCGUCCCCCAUCGUUUAUGUUGACCCGGCUUUUUAGCUCUUGUCCGGUCUACCUCCGUUUUAAGCGCCCGUUAUUCCUCCAGAGUCUCCGGUAUUUACUUUGUUUUCUUGCUUGUGUCGGCAGUCCUGGCCAAAGGAGGUUUAGACAAUUUUCCAAACUUUCUGGUUGGUUUCUACUGUCCGAUAUUGUAGCACGCUAACUUUGUUUGGGCUCGUGAACGACACGGGGGGGAGCGGCGUCCGCCUCACAACCAAUCAGCACUAAGGAGCAGUGUGGCAGAGAAUGGCUUUGUUUACAUAUAGAAAGGGCGGGCUGCUCAAAAAAUUUGAAAUGUUGACUACACAGACAUAAGAGAGCAAUAUCAACAUAUUACCAAAUUUCAUCAAUAACUAAUAACUAUUGACUGAUAUUAAAAGCUUUUUUGUGUAUACACCACAAAAAAAAGAUGCUUCUUCAACAGAAUCUUGCCUACUCCACCUUCAAGUUGGCAUAUCCUUCCUCUUGAAAAUGAUGAAAAUAAAGACUUCUCAGUCAUGUCAUCAGUGGUCUUAUUUACACCGUAGAGACACAUCACUGUUUAUUUCAACCCCUCUUCACAGGAACUUUAAACUGUUAAAACCGUGUAGCCCAAAGCUGAUCAGUUUUUUUUUUUGCACAUUUCAGGUGAACUCUCCAUGGAGAAGGUGAAGGUAAAGAGGUAUGUGUCGGGUAAACGUCCUGACUAUGCGCCGAUGGAGUCUUCAGAUGAAGAGGAGGAGGAUUUCCAGUUUGUGAAGAAGGGAAAGGAGAUGGAGCCUGAGGUGGAGCUGGAGGAAGAGGAGGUCUCUGAUCCACGUCUGAAACGUCUGCUCAACCGUGUCUCAGAGGACGUGGAGGAAAGGUUAGAAACAGUUCUAAAAGUCUGACCUUAAUUUCAGAUAAUCUCUUCUCUGACACAGUGCUUUAAAAACAGAAAUGGAUUGUUUUCCACAGGCUUGCAAGACACAGACAGAUCGCUGAGCCUGAAGUUGUAGCUGAGAGCAGCGAAGACUCUGAUGAAGGCACAUGGCAUCCAGAACAUGAGGAGAGCAGUGAGGAGGAAGAAGAGGAGGAGGAAGAAGUGGAUGAUGAGGUUGGUACCUGUGCUGGAUGUUCUGACUGUGUUUGUCCCUGUUCGGUCUGAUCUUUAGGGUUAUAGGUUUUUUUCUUUAAAGUUUGCGGUGUGUGAGGACCUUUUUUUUUGAUGUGAACUUUCUCGUUUGCUUCUGUGCAGGAAAUUGAGCGCAGACGAGCAAUGAUGCGUCAGCGAGCCGUCGAGCGGAAGAAUGAGGAGAUGGAGGUGAUGGAGGUGGAGGAGGAAGGGAAGUCAGGGGAGGAGUCUGAGUUGGAGUCUGAAUAUGAAGAAUACACAGACAGUGAAGACGAAGCGGAGCCUCGACUCAAACCUGUCUUCAUUCGCAAGUACGAACUAAAACUGCUGCAAGAAGUCAGAUUCUGGAGUUUAAUGACAAACCAAAUUAUCAGAAUUAUGAAUAACUGCGUUUUCACCACAGGAAGGACAGAGUCACGGUGGCAGAGCGCGAGGCAGAGGAGCAGAGGCAGAGAGAGCUGGAGGCCGAGGCCAAGAGGCAGGUGGAGGAGCGACGGCGCUACACCCUCAAGAUUGUGGAGGAGGAAGCGAAGAAGGAGUUUGAGGAGAACCGACGCACGCUGGCCGCUCUGGACGGUUUGGACACUGAUGGCGAGAAUGAGGAGGAGGAGUACGAAGCCUGGAAAGUCAGAGAGCUGAAACGCAUCAAGAGGGACAGAGAGGCCCGAGAAGUGUGAGUAAACAGACGGACCAGCCGUUAAAAACUCUCAUCUUUAGUGCCGUGGAUAUGUGUGAUGAAUGAGUGUUUUCUUCCUCAGGAUGGAGAAGGAGAAGGCCGAGAUCGAGCGAUUCCACAGCCUGACAGAGGAGGAGCGUAGAGUAGAGCUCCGAAACAACGGCAAACAGGUCACCAACAAAGCCACCAAAGGAAAAUACAAGUUCCUGCAGAAGUACUACCACAGAGGAGCUUUCUUCAUGGUGAGCACAGACAUAAUCAGUUUUCCUGAAUUUGACAGUCGACUUUUAGGGGGUGGACACAAUAGCAUGGUACAUUCACGGGGGGUUAACUCGCCACGUCUUAGUUUCUGUAUCUUAUUGUGAAUUGAAGCAGCAGUUACAGGGACUGAGCUAAAGGUUAUCACUGACUGUAAAUGUGCUCUUCUGUUUCAGGAUGAGGAGGACGACGUGUACAAGAGAGACUUCAGUGCACCGACCCUGGAGGACCACUUCAACAAAACCAUCUUACCCAAAGUCAUGCAGGUCAGCCGCCUUCACCCGUGUGUUUGUAAUGACUGUGAGGGGACAGGUGGCAAGUGGGGAACCGAACAAUAUAGAGAAACGUGUUCGAGCGUCAAAGAAAGUCACAGAUUGGUCGGUGUUCACCUCUUGAACCGACCUCAUGGACUUAAAACAGAAACCCAAAACGUGUGAAAUUUUGGUUUAUCUGACCACUUAGUACUUCAAAAGGUGUUGCAUUAAUGUGCAUGAAUGAGACUAGUUCAUAAUGAUGGUAGCAGAGUCACGUAGUCAAAAAGACUAGAAGUGCACAAAACGAGUAUAAUCCCAUUUACCGUUUGUUCUUACCUGUUUUAUUUCUCAUAAUUUAGAAACUCUUUCCAAUAAAUUAUUAAUUUAACUUUAAAAAAUCAGCAAAAAAAAAACUAACUCAAACAUGUAGAGGGAAAAAUUGACAAAAACCAAGAGCUUUAAUAUAAAAUAUGCAGGAUAGGUUUAUUAAAAAUGGUUGAGGUGUGACCUUUUUAAUUUUAACGUUAAAUCUCAGUCUUAAUCUCGAAAGCCAGGUCCGUCUACUCAUCUGUAACUUUUCAUUUUCACAUUUAUCAGUUUUUCAAAACUUUGUCAACCCUAAAGACAGGUUUUAAUCGUGAAUUUGAAAGUUUAAGAGUAUAAAUUUUCACCAUAUCUCACACAAGACACUAAACUUAGUGAUAAGAGACAUCUAAUGCGAUCGUGUCAUCUAGAUUAUACCCGCUUGUUUCUUUCAGAUCUUCCACAUGAUGUUUAAAAUUUCUCAGUACACUUGCACCCUCUUUAAAAUGAACUCAUAGCCUCUCUUUUAACCCUUUGUGUCCUGUUUUUCUUCUUAAGGUCAAAAACUUUGGUCGGUCUGGUCGCACCAAGUACACCCACCUGGUGGAUCAGGACACCACGUCGUUCGACUCGGCCUGGGCUCAGGAGAGCGCCCAGAACAGCAAAUUCUUCAAACAGAAGGCAGCAGGCGUGAGGGACGUGUUUGACAGGCCCACAGUGAAGAAAAGGAAGACCUAAAUGUGGAAGUGGCUCCGGCUGAACCAACCAGAGAGCAGCUUCGGAGACUGUACAGAGACUGAGCAGCAUCCAGACUUCAUGAUGAGGAAGAAAAGACAGACUUCACUGCUUUGGUGGACUUGAUAAAUAACUUAAGUUUCCUCCAUGACAUCAAGAAGCAGCUGUUUUUUGUCUUGAAUGUACAGGUUUUUACUUUUAUGUGGGACCCUGGCUGUAAACGUUAUCGAUUAAGUGUCCCUGAUGUGCUGGAGGACUGCUGCAUUUUGAGGAGGCAGAUAACAGAAAUCACGUUCAUCUGAAAACAUGACGCACAUCAGGACCAGAAAACUACAGCAGAGAGUUGUACUCAGAUUGCAUUUAGGAUGCAGAUUCCUUGACUUAUUUUCUCAUUUUUGUCAAACCACAAUGAUGUGUUGUAAUUUUGUCUUUUGUGAAUUAAAUUUGUAUUUUCA